UCCUGGGUCACAGAAAGUUUAAGAGUGCUUUACAGUGGAGAGUUAUUUCUUUUUGCCUCAGGUUUUUCACACUGAAAGGAUGUUACAGGUUUUGCUGAUUGCCUUCUCUGUGGUUGCCGUUGCUCAUGCUGAGGUCUGCAAGCCAGAUGCACAGAAUGCUUUCAAAGUACGGCUUAGUAUCAAAACAGCUUUGGGAGAUAAUGCGUAUGCCUGGGAUGCAAAUGAGGAGUACCUCUUCAAAGCAAUGGUGGCUUUUGCAAUGAGAAGAUAUUCCAGCAAGAACACAACUCAAAUUUCCAAUGUGCUGCUCUGCAAUGUGACAGAUCGGGUGUCAUUUUGGUUUGUGGUCACAGAUUCUACCAAAAAUGUGACAACUGUUCCUGGAAGUGAGGUAGAGGCAGCCAUCAGGAUGAACCGGAACAGAAUCAACAGUGCCUUUCUACUGAAUGACAAAACGCUGCAGUUCCUGAAGAUUUCAUCAACCUUAUCACCACCUGUUGAACCCUCCAUACCUGUCUGGCUUAUCGUAUUUGGUGUUGUUCUUUGUGUUACUGUGGCUGGAAUUGUUUUCCUCCUUGUUUCAGGGAUUCAGCGGCGCAAGAAAAAGAAUAAAGAGUCAUCAGAGACAGAAAAUUUAGAAGAAAAAUGCGAAGUGACAGUAACAAUAGAAAAUGGGAUUCCUUGCGAAACACUGGAUUUAAAAGCAGGCCACAUUAAUGGAGUCUGUGCAGCAGAUGAUGAACGGUUCACGUCCUUAUGAAAUGCUGUCAUUCCUAGCUGGUGUAUUUUUGAAAGACUCCUACACCUACUUUAUCUCAUCACUACUCCUGAAUGUCAAACAUGAAGACAAGAAAAAAUGUCCUUUCACUUAAUUUCCCUUGAGAGAAGCUUGUGCUGAUAACACAUACACUCGAACCUCCAUUACAAGGCUUUUGUUCAUGAGCAAAGCAAAUGAGAAGACUUCAAAUGAUAUCCAUUAAAGAUUUCCAAAAGAUGUGUGGUAGAACAGGGUGGAAACCUGCCUUGUGUCAGGCAUUUAAUUUGUAAUGAUUAUUUAAAUAUGCCUAUUGUUUUUUUCCGUGCUAAAAAUGUGAAACUGCAUUAUUCCUGAAUGUUACAGAAGAGCUCAUCUAUCAUUGUCAGUUCUUACUGGGCUUUCUUUUAAGCCAUAUGCAAAAAUUUCUCUGUAAACUGGUUUCUGUGUGGUGAUAGACCAUAUGCCUUUGGCUGGAAUAGAGGUCAGUGCAUGAAAGUUUUAACUUACGAGGAAAAAUGUCAAACUUUCUAGCCUCUGUAAGAGCAGAUUAAAAAGUAUCUGGCUCAUCUACAGUUUUUGAACUGCCUAAGAUCUGGUACUAAAUGUAUUUCUCACUUAGCAGUCAAAGUCACAGAUUACAUGAUCAGGAAAUUAGAAUUUGCAAAAGUUUGAAAAAGGUGUAAGACACAAAGGGUUGAUUUUCCAAAGACGCAGUCUGUGGCUGGUGGCCCAAUUCUUAUUAAAUCUAUAAGGCCACUUUGCAGCUCCUUGAAAAAUCUUCCUUACGUUCAUUAAUACUAAAACUAGAAGAGAUUCCCAAGGGACAGGGCACACCUAGGGUCCGCUGAACUUUUCACGUGACAGCUGGAUAGUUUUCCAAAAGCUUUGGCACUUGAAGUGGCGCCACUGGUCUUCAUGCAUCCUGCUUGAAUGGAAGCAUAAAGGCCGUGGUGAGCAGGCAGAGAGGAUUCAGACUUCUAUUUAUGUGGCUGGAAGCUGAGGGCACCAAAUCACACCCAGCCCUAAGUUACAUUGUUGGAUUUACUCUGUUAGAAGUCAGCCAUAGCUAUAGUCUGUGCUACCCAUGUCGUAAUCCUGUUGCCAUUUAAAUCUGUCUUGAAAUUCUUACUGAUUUCAGAAAAAAAGGACUAGGCCCAAGUAAAGAAGACUCGUAUGUAUGGCUAAUUGCGCGUGAAGAAAGUCAACGUGCUGAAGAAAAAUAUGGUCUCUGCCGUCACCAAAGAGCUGCCCACAUCACUUGGGUAGGAUUUAACCACUAGCCAUACUGUUUUCAGUCUCAUGUUUGGAGGCAAAUCAGAAGACCCAUUUACUUAUAGGCAUUUUUCCAUGCAUUCAUACUCUUCACCCACAAUAGAAAGAGGGUAAAGGCUCUUUGCAAAGGACCCUCUAAUGUCCCGAAGGGUACAAAGACUUCUUGUGUCCCAGGGUACAAACCCUUCAGCGUUUUGGCUGUAUCAAGCCUCUUCUUUGAUUGUUCUUUUGACGCAGCUCUGGCUCUGGGGAAUGGGGUGACCAGAGUGGUGGAAGGAAUGGGGAAAAGAAGGGGGAGACAACAGGGUGCAGAGAGGAAACUGAGCAGGUGAAACUCUAAGGUAGGUGAGGGAA